UUUGAAAUGCACAGUAAAGUCUCAAUGGCUUGGAUCGUUGGACUUGGUCCUAGCCUUGGACUUGUUCGGGUUCCCGGGGUUGGUCUCGUUUACACGGAGCUAGCUAGUGGAGUCCCUCACAUUUUCUCUCAUUUCAUUACAAAUCUACCGGCCAUUCAUUCAGUUGUGGUGUUCGUAUGCGUCAAGAACCUCCCUGUUUACACCGUCCCCGAGGAAGAGCGGUUCCUCGUUAAAAGGAUUGGUCCAAAAAACUUCCACAUGUUCCGUUGUGUUGCAAGGUACGGAUACAGAGAUUUGCACAAGAAAGAUGAUGACUUUGAGAAACGACUCUUUGAGAGCCUCUUCUUGUACGUCCGCCUUGAAUCAAUGAUGGAAGGAGGCUGUUCGGAUUCCGAUGAGUACAGCAUCUGCGGAAGCCAGCAACAGCAUAAAGAAACACUUGGGAACGGAAACGAGAACGAGAAUCUGGCAACGUUUGAUACAUUUGACUCGAUAGAGUCGAUAACGCCAGUGAAACGGGUGAGCCACACGGUGACAGCGUCGAGCCAGAUGAGCGGUGGAGUAGACGAGCUGGAGUUCAUAAAUAGGUGCCGUGAUGCAGGAGUGGUGCACAUUAUGGGGAACACGGUAGUUCGAGCCAGGAGAGAAGCGAGAUUCUACAAGAAGAUAGCCAUUGACUACGUGUAUGCGUUUUUAAGGAAGAUUUGUAGAGAACAUAGUGCUAUCUACAAUGUUCCUCAGGAAAGUCUUUUGAAUGUUGGUCAGAUUUUCUAUGUAUAAUGAUAUAAACAGUAUUUAUGUAUAUGCAUGUGUUUUAAAUACUCUGCUUGUAUGUUAAUAUGUCUCUGAUGUUGUAUAGUUUAUACCAAAAUUUUGGUGCAUGAGCAGAAA